UAGGCACUAAGGACAGUGAAUGCCACCCUCUUUGUCUUCGACCAUGAAAGAAAGGAAAAAGAGCGCGUGGCCUCGCACAGCUGCUCUCUGCCAUCGCCAUGCAGCUGGAGGUCUCCCACGGCUGUGCUGAGCGUCUCACAGCCUAGAGCCCGGUGGCGUCCUGUACAUGGCCACAACUGCCGCCGAUCCAAUCGGCCCGUCACCCUUCUGAAUGCUUCGGCACCGCUCCGGGAAGACCACGCUGCAGCUGUCUACAUGCCCCUUCCAUGUCCAGGGAUACUUUUUUUCUCGCUGACGCCCCUCCCCGGUCGGGCGAAGGCGAGGCCCGUCGUGUGAGAUGCUACAGGCGGUGCAACCCCGCUCCGUGGAUGAGCGAUCCCCCGGGCGACGCCGGCGAGCGGCCGGGAGACGGUUCUUCUUCCAAGGCAUCCCUCCCCAGUCUCUCUCUCCACACGUCUUCCUCGUCAGCAAAUGCAGAGACCGAAUCCGACCUUGUGGCCAGCGUCUCCGCGGAGCUACAGCGCACUGGACGGCAGAUUCUCGGAAGGCACGAUUUCCGGAACAUCGUCAAGCUCUGCGGGCUGCCCCUCUACCUCAAGUACCCGUUCUUUCAGAAUGUUGUCAAGAAUCCUACGCGUCAGGCUGUCCUCGACUUUUGUCGCCGACUACAGCGGCAUUGCGGCAGUGAUCGCUUGGCAAAAACUGUAUACGUCCUUACACGGGGCCGCAAAAGCUACGUCGAGCCCAGUGACCUCCACGACAUGAUUCAAGACCUCAUCGACACACACAGCGGGCUCACCUUCCUGCGACAAGUCUCACGGUCGCACUCUGUCUUCAUCGACACGGUUAUUGGGAGGCUGUACUUCGAACUAGGUCGCUCCUGGUCCUGGAGGCUUGGCCUUGCAGAACUGCGAAGAACAGACUUCUUGGACCAACUGGACGCUCUGGAGCUUCACAGCGAUUUCAUGAACGUGGAAGGCGCGUUUUCAUACAAGGAUGCUUACGUCAUUCACGCCAUCUUCAACAACCUCGACCGUGACAACGAUCGCCUCCUCAGCAAGGCCGACGUCGGCAAGUACGAGAAGGGGGCAUUGGUACCCCGGGCUGUUGAACGGGUCUUUGACCUACUGGGCUGUCCUGCAAUGAGAUACGUUGAUUUUGUUGUCUUUCUUCUUGCCGAGAAAGAUAAGGCUCACCCUCGAAGCAUCGAGUAUUGGUUUAGUCGACUGGAUUUGGACGGAGAUGGUGUACUGACCAUGUACGAGCUAGAAGCCUUCUUCGAAGAGCAGCAUGGUAGAUGCUCGCUACUCAUGACAGAUCUCGUGUCCUUUCAAGACGUCUUCCGCCAGAUGAUUGAUCUUGUGAAGCCCAAGUCCUCGAAUAUGUUCACCUUGUCUGAUCUGAAGCGUUGUUCGCUGGCUUCCGUGUUUUUCAAUACGUUCAUCAAUACCUACGAAUUUAUCCACCACGAAGUGUUCGACCCGUUCGAUGCUGACCGCUUGAGGAAUGGCUCCACACAGUGGGAGCAUUUUGCCACCAAGAAGUUCGGCAUGCUCAUGGCUGAAGGGGACAAAGAGGAUUCUUCCGAAGACGAGCUUGUGUAAUUCCUGUUCCGUUCUGAAAAGUAGUAUGUUAUGUAGUCGCAAUAAAUCCGUUACCGAUA